CUCUCUGUGAUAUCAGAGGAAAUAUGCUUGAUAGAGCUAAACUCAUCACAUUAUAAUGAAGAAGACAUCAGACAACUGAAGAGAUUAGCAUGAGUGGAUCAGAGAUGCUGUAACAGAGACUUUUGCUGAUGAGGCUAUAGGUUUGGUUCAAAAAGAAAACCUAGUUUAUUGAUGAAAGAAAGACACACCCCUUCAAGAUCAGACUUAACACCUGGGUACUCUGGAGGAUAUCCACAGUACACUACAUAGCAGGUUGAAAAGCAAGUGCACCUUCAGUUUUCCGAAGGCUGAGAAUACAACAAACGGAUAGCCCUUGUUGCUUUUCCACAAGAUUUAAAUAUUUUAAAUAUUAAAGGAGGAGGCUCGAGCUACUUGUUGAUCUGUACCUGCACGUCUUCUUCUUGGGUAAAGAUGGGGAAUGAGCAAUCUACUCACAAACAAAAUGGGCUCCAAACUAAGGUUGAAGAAGUCACUCUGCAGCAUCAAAAUGGAGGACUCAAUGGCCACGCUAUAAAACUCUUGGAAAACAAUGUUGUCAGUGAGGUUGCAGUGCAGAAAAGUUGUGAGGCCCCCACAUCAACCCUCUCAUUGGAGAUAGCACUUGACCAGACAGAUGAUUCCAGUUUUCCUGUGCCUAAAGAGAAUCCAUGUCUCCCUGAGAAUGUGGAACAGAAGCAGGAGACUCCAGCUGAGUCUGAAAUCCCCUCCCCUGAUUUACCCAAGAAAGAUCCCAAGGAGACAGUGGAAAAAGUUAACUUCUUUGACAAGCUAUUCAAAAAGAAAACAGAGAGUUCAUCCAUUGUGGAUAACUUGCAGGAGACAAAUAUCCCCACUGAAAAUCCCUCUUCACCUGUAGCUGAUGACCCACAAUCUGAUUUACUAAAUCGGCUUGCUGACGCAUCUAAAUUGUGCGAAGAUGAAACUUCAAAACAGAGCAAAUCAAAACACUCAAAGGUGGAGUACACAUUGCAACCAGAAGCAGAACAACCCCCCAGUGGAUCAGAUCCAGAACCAGCAGACCAAAUCACCAGCCUUGCCUUUGAAGUGGUGAAGUAUGUUAAGGUUGAUGCCACUGUUGCAGGUGCAAUUGCUAGUGCUGCAUAUGUUGUUGAGGGGAAGGUUGAAGAAGCUGAAGCGGAACUCGAAGCGGCUGAAUCAACUGUGUGGGCAGUUGUUGAGGCUGUUGAGGUUGAGGCUAUAGAUGAGGAUGGUGAGAAUGAUGCCUGUGAAGAGGCUCCUAUUAUCCUAGAAAUGACUUCCAGUGGUGUCAUGGAAGUCCCAGAAGAUAAGAUUAAAGAAGAGAGUGCUGCAGCGUCGGGUGCUAUCAUGGAGUUUGAUUCUGAGGGCGUCAAAGAGGAGUCUGAAAAUGAAUCAAACCACAAGGAUGUGGCAGCUGAUGCGCAACCAGAAACCACUCAAGACUCUGAGUCUAGCUCCAUCUCUCCUGAUGUGCCUGUGGAAGAAAGUGUUAGUCCUACUGCAGAGGGAACAUCUCCUGCCUUGGAAGUGGUGGUGUGUGUUCUUGAUUCCAGUGUCGUUGAGGCAAUCCCCAAGGUUCUUGUGCUGGCUGAAAAUGAAGAGACUGCGGUUGAAGUUGAAAAGGCAAUUGCUGGGGCUGAGGCGAUUGUUGGGGCUGUGGUUGAGGCUGAAACGGAGGUUGAGGCCAUGGCAGCGGAAGCUGAAGACAGCCCUCAGCCUGAGAAGGAAAAGAGAGCACAAUUAUGUAAAUCAGACUCUGGAAUGGACUUGGACGGCACUGAAGAACCUGAUCUCACCUCGCCUCCUUCCAGUGCCCAGGAAUCCGUAGAGGCCAUGGUUGAAUCCCAGGAAGACAGUAGUGCUGCUGUGAAACUGAAAGACGAUAGCAGCAAGGUGCUCAGCAAACCUCCAGAUGAUACAUCAUUUUCACUGUUGCUCAAUCAUCUCGAGUCAGCUUGCAAACAGAGUUUUGUAAAAUCACAAUUUAAGCUUGUAGAUAUUGAGUCGGUUGCACAGGGCUACACUAUUUGCAUUAAACUACAAGUGGACGUACAGGAGAGUAACGUGAAAUGUUAGAAUUACACUAUCACACUGUUGACAGGAUUGAAUGUAACAGUGUGUUUACUUUCAAGUCUUAUGUUACAAGUUCUCUAUACUUACAAAUACUACUACUAAUAAUAUUUUUUUAAUUAAAGUGUUUGUUAUGUAUAAAUAAUGCUUGUGUGUGCCAACAGACGUUUUCAAAAUACAUCACAAAUCAACACAAAUUGUCUGCUAAAAUAAAGCGUGAACAGUUUGCACAUAAAAUGUGCUAGAUAUUUCACCCGUACAUACACACAUAGCCCCAACUGAUCCAAGCACAAACAACACUCACUAAAGGCGAUGAAAAAAUUAUAGGUUAAAUGCUUUGCUUAAUUUUAAUAGCUUGGCAAGAUUGUACGUUUCAGCCUUGUUACUUUUAGACAGUACAUAUCAGCAUACUAUGGCCUUGCUGCAAGAUCAUGUUUUCUCACUUACACAUAAUAUAUACUUGAUUGGGGUUGAACCAUAGUUAUCUGCUGGAAAAGUAAGCUGCCAACCAGUAGAGCAAAUGGAUGUAAUUGCAGUUAGGGAAAUUAUUGAGACUUCAAGGCCAAGGCCACAGGAUCGCUUCAUGCUGGGUUCAAUUCUGUAUCCAGACAAACACACAUCCUUGAGCAUAUGAUAAUUGGAAGAACUGAAUGUGAAUUUAACAUUUUGACCCCCACUAUUUUUCAAGCCUUUAUGACAGCUGUGCUGAUGGAAAAAUAACACAUUCUGAAUAGUUUUUUUGACACAAGGCUGCAUUUGAUUGUAGACUCAACUACAAUUAAAAACAUUCUUAGUUGAUGUCUGUACACAUGCCUGAGUAAUGAUCCUUGUCAUAUUUAAGAAUGAUCUAUGUUAAAUUGAUGUGGGAUCCAUUCCCUUCUCAUCACAUAAAAAAGCUGUACAUUUGACAAAUAUCAAUUUGCCUUGAAGCAAGAUAAAAACAUGUUCUUACAUUUCUCCAAGCAUAGAGCCAGAAGUGUAGAACAUAGCAGAAUACCAAUAGGGGUUGGUGGGGUGGGCACAGACAUUAAUAAAAGGGUGAUUGUUGAUAGAGCCCUGAGUAGGCAGAGGCAUGGUUGGAAUUGUGCUCCCUGCUCAAUGCUUUGAUUAACAGUGCCUGCAUAUCAGCUCCUCUGCUGCUCCAACACAUCUCCAAGAGCUCAUUCUCUGUGGCUAUCCAUAGGAACUUGCUGAGCCAAAGGAAGAUUCAGUGACAUUUAAGGAGCCAAACUGUGUGUCUGUCACCCCUACCCCGGAGGAAGGCACAACAUCUGAGGCUGGUGAAGACAGGGAUCACCUUGUGGAAACUCAAGAGGGGGAGAG